UUUAACCGAGCAGGUGUGAUGUUGAGCAGAAGAGCUCUGUGUAGUUCCAGUGAAUCAGAGCAGGAGCGCGUCAUGGGACGCCAGUACGCCAAAGAAGAGACGCUGGAUCGCUGCGCCUGACUUUAAGGACACUUUUUAAGCCAUUUCUCACUCGCUCGGACGCCCAGAACGGAACUGCUUGAUUUCUCGGACUUUUCAAAGUAUUCUUUCUGGACGGUCUUUUGAAUUAGCAGACAUGAAUAUUACAUUGAACCAAACGGACAGCGGAAUCUUCUCCAACCGGACCGAGGAGAUCCUUCUGUGCUGUAACUUCUCGUCGGUUGUGACGGACAACGGCUUCACGGCGGCGGCUCCGGACGAGAGGAGCCUCUUCAUCAUGAGAAUAGUUCAGAUAGCGGUGAUGUGCGUCCUCUCCCUCACCGUGGUCUUCGGUAUCUUUUUCCUGGGGUGUAACUUGCUGAUCAAGUCGGAGGGGAUGAUAAACUUUUUGGUAACGGACCGGCGACCCUCGAAAGAGGUAGAGGCGGUCAUCGUGGGCGCGUACUAGAGACGUGAUGAGGAUUAUGCACUGCCGUGACAUGAAGUUUGUGUACCACCUGAUGGACGUGUAUUUUGAUGGCAUAUUUGCGAACCGGACACAGUGGUUUUUUUUGGCUCUUUAAAAAAAACUAUCAUUUGGAAAUCAACUGAAUUAACGCGCCCUCUCCGUUUUGCGCACACCCUUUUUUCCGCUCCUACACGUUCAAGCGCUUCUUUAUGACACGAACCACCCAGAUGUCAAAUCAGAUACAGGCACGGAAUCUUACAUUUGUCAUCGAAAACAUUUUUAUGUAGAAACACAGCUGUUUGCACAUAUGGACCGUUUUUAAUGGUUGUUAUCUUUAAAGCACUGCACGGACUAAUUAUUUGUUGUUUAACGAGAUCAAAGCACCAUAUGUUUAAUACAAUAAAUUCACGUUUCGAUUAAGAAUUUUUUUCUGUCUUAUAUGUUUUUAUUAUUAGCCAACAUUAUGCUCAUUCUGUGGGGAUGUAUAAGAUGAAAUUUGCUUUUUCAAGCCGAUUAAAAAAAUGUAGUGGACAAUUUUAAGGGUCAGAACAAGCAUCUAUGUAUAGAAACAACACAUAUUUACCUUCAUUUAAAACGAGUCUUACUAAAAAGUGUUUGCUAAUGUGUUUUAGAUCUUAGAUUUUAUUCUGAUAUGCAGACUGAUGCACUUGUCCUGUACUGUUCUGCCGCAAAGGAAACUUUCUAU